GGAGUAGUAUCUGCGAUAAACAGUAUCGAGUGACUACCUCUCGAUAAUAUUUGGAUAAAUAGAAUAGAUAAAUUAUUUGAUAGUAGAUACCGUCAUAAAAUAGUAGUUAUUGUUUUUGGAACUGAGUGACAUGAAGGCUUAGUGAUGCGGUUGAGGACAAUAAUCUUUUUGUUUUGUGUUUUGGGAUUAUCCAAUGCGCAGAAUAAUAAUAAUGGAAAUUGUUCAAUCGAAGGUUUUGUACCCAGUGAUUGGACGGUAAUUUUUAAACCUGACACCAUCGUUACCGACGAAGCGGCAGAUGAGGUUAUCUUUAGCGGAGCUUUUACUGGAAAGUUGGACGACUUGUCAUGUACGCCUAGCGCAACGGGCAAAAGCAAUUAUGUGGAUUUUGAAGCAAAAGACGGAAAAUUUACAAUAAAAACUGCUGCAGAUAUUGUAAAGUUGGAUGAGGAAACUGCUCAAACUAGCUCACCAUUUUAUCUCAAUUAUGUGUGUACUAUGAACUGCGAUGCUGGACAGAGUCAAUUGGGUAUAGCAGUCAAAAUAGCUGAUUAUAAUAAUCACAAGCCAGAAUUUUCUCAAGCAACUUACACAUACACCGUUGCUUCACCAAUUAUGCCUCAUACAGACUUUACUUUAGAAGGGGAUGUCAUCAAAGCCACCGAUUUGGAUUUUUCCAAUAAUAAUAUUAUUUUUACAGUGGAUCCCCCACAUUUCGUUAUUGAUACAACAGCAGACAGUACUGACAGUAAUAAAAAAACGUUUGUGGCCAAAAUUAGAGCUAAAAGUGUAGUCCAACUGAAGGAAACGACCACCACGUAUACUUUGACUGCUACAGAUGUAGGUACGGAUCCAGGACCUCUUAGCCAAACUGCUAGUCUUACAUUUACAAUCGACGCAGAUAACAGUUUGGAUAUUCCAUCUUUCGAAUACCAGGACAGUCAGACUGACUACUCAUUUCAGUACCAAAGCGAUAAUACAUUGAAACCGUUAUCUGGAUCUAUUAAGUUGAAUACCCAACAUUCAUUAACUACGAAAAACUUUGAACUUCUCGGUGACAUGAAAGGGAAAUUUUCUAUUGAAUACGAUUCAAACGCAAAGGAAAUCACUUUAAGCGUCCAAGAGGAAAUAAAAGAUCCUACCGUAACAUUAACAGUUCUUACACUCAAUAUCAAUAAUGGUCAAGUGACUGUUUCUACUCCAGUUAUUAUUUACUUUACGACCAGUUCUAUCUUCAAAUUCGAUAAGCAUAUAUACACUGGAAGUUACGAUGACGCAAAAAAUCAAGUCAAUUUGGAUGAGUCGAUUACAAUAACCAGUAGUGGCAAAUCUGAUGUUAAUAUUGAAAUUGCUGGAGAUUUGGCAAAGUAUUUCAGUGCAGUCAAAGGCACUGAUGCCGGCACUUGGUCUAUUAAAGUAGCUACCCCCGCUCCAACAGCAGACGAACUAAAAGGAUAUACAUAUCUUAAUCUGGUACUGACUGCUACUGAAGACGACAUCGACGGCAAAGACACGGCAAGCCUUUUGGUCAAACUUCCUUCCCAUGUACUGCAGUUUUCCAAAAUUUUAUAUGAAGCUACUUACAAUGAAGAUAAUACUGUAACCAUGUCUGAUAAGAUUACGUUUACGACAAAUGAAGAUACAGUAGUAGAUAUAACCGUCGAUACAAAUUAUGAGAAAUAUUUCGUCGUAAGUCAGGAGGACAAGAGCUAUAUAAUAAAAUCCACAACUACACCGCUACCGGAUGAGAUUCUCUCCAAGCAGACAGAAAUUGCAGUCAUCAUAACAGCAAAAGAUGGCUACCAGAAUACCCAGCAAGCAGUUGUCAAGAUCACCCUGCCAGAAAUUAACAAUGAAAAGGCGCCGAAGUUUACCAAAUCCUAUUAUAAAUCUGAAUACAAGCAAAACCAAACAGAUAAUUACUUGGACUUCACGGAUCCUUUAACUUUUGAUAACGUGGAUGAUCCAUCGAAAGUUAAAAUUAGUCUAGAUGCAUACAGUGACAAUUUUGAAAUAGUUUAUGAUAAAAGUCAAAAGAAAUGGCGAGUGCAUAUAAAAGAUCCGUUAACAUCUAAGGACUUCGAUUCUUGGACAGAAAUACUUGUGAUAAUGGAAGCUACAGAAUCAGGAGUCACUAAAACAGGAAAAUCUGUAUUGGUAAUAGACCUUACAACUGACGUCGGUCCUCAGUUCGUUGAAUUGUAUUAUUCAGCUGAAUAUAAACAAAAUGACACGAAAUAUAUAGAUUUUCAUACAGCUCUUGCUUUUGAAAAAGAGGUUGAUCCAAAAAAUUUACAAAUAACACUUGAUACUUACACCAACAAUUUCGCAGUGACUUAUGAUACAGCUCAAAAGGAAUGGCGCAUACAAAUAAAAUCUCCCCUGAGCUCUAAAGAUUUUGAGUCUUUAUCAGAAAUCGUUUUGACUAUGGAAGCGACUCAGUCAGGAGUCAAUAAAACAGGAAAAGCUGUAUUGGUAAUAGAACUUAUAACUGAAACUGGUCCUGAGUUUUCCAAAUUGUACUAUGCGUCUGAAUACAAACAAUACCAAAAAGACUAUAUCGAUUUUAAAGAAGAUGUUACUUUUACCGAAAAUAUUGAUCCAAACAAUUUAAAGAUAACAAUUGAUUCUUACACGGAUAAUUUUGCAGUGGUUUACGAUACUGCUCAAACAAAAUGGCGGAUAGAAAUUAAAUUGCCUCUAAAUUCUCAAGAUUUCGAGUCUUUAUCAGAAAUUGUUCUUACUAUGGAAGCUACAGAAAUAGGCGUCACCAAAACAGGAAAAUCUGUAUUGGUUAUCGAACUCACAACAGACGCAACAGAAGUGGGACCACAAUUUAAUGAAUUAUUUUAUCAAUGCGAAUAUAAACAAGGCCAAAUUGAUUAUUUAGACUUUGGAACAGAUAUUGGUUUUACCGAAAAUAUUGAUCCAAAAAAUUUAAAAAUAAUUCUAAACUCUUAUACUGACAAUUUCGCGGUAACUUAUGAUAAAGAUGAAAAGAAAUGGCGUAUACAAAUAACAGUCCCCCUGGAUUCUAACGUUUUUGACUCUUUAUCAGAAAUCAUACUGACCAUGGAAGCUAUAGAAACGGGCGUUACUAAAUCAGGAAAAGCUAUGUUGGUUAUCGAACUCAAAACAGAUGCAAGAGAAGUGGGGCCACAAUUUAAGGACUUAUACUACCAAUCCGAAUAUAAACAAGGCAAAACUGAUUAUAUAGAUUUUAAAACAGAUGUUGCUUUUGAAGAAGACAUUGAUCCAAAGAAUAUAAAAAUAUCAAUGGACUCUUAUACGGACAAUUUUGCAAUAGUUUAUGAUACAGCUCAAAACAAAUGGCGCAUUCAAAUAAACUCCCCUCUGAGUUCUAAAGAUUUUGAAUCUCUAUCAGAAAUCGUCCUAACAAUGGAAGCUACAGAAUCAGGGGUCACCAAAACUGGAAAAUCUGUGUUGAUUAUCGAACUCAAAACUGAUGCUACAGAAGUGGGUCCACAAUUUAAGGACUUAUAUUAUGAAGCUGAGUACAAACAAGGCCAAACUGAUUAUAUAGAUUUUAAAUCACCUGUGGCAUUUAAAGCAGACAAUGAUCCAAAUAAUCUAAAAAUAUCAAUAGAUUCUUAUACUAAUAACUUCGCAGUAACUUAUGAUGCAACUAACAAGAAAUGGCGAAUACAAAUAAAAUCUCCCCUGACUUCUAAAGAUUUCGAGUCUUUAUCAGAAAUCGUUAUAACUAUGGAAGCUACCGAAUCAGGAGUUACCAAAACAGGAAAAUCUGUCUUAGUUAUCGAACUCAAAACAGACGCAACAGAAGUGGGGCCACAAUUUAAGGACUUAUAUUAUGAAGCUGAAUAUAAAGAAGGCCAAACUGAUUAUAUCGAUUUUAAAUCAGCUGUGGCAUUUAGAGAAGACAAUGAUCCAAAUAAUCUAAAAAUAUCAAUAGAUUCUUAUACUGACAACUUCGCAGUAACUUAUGAUACAACAAACAAAAAAUGGCGUAUACAACUAAUAUCUCCUCUGGAUUCUAAAGAUUUUGAAUCUUUAUCAGAAAUCGUUAUAACCAUGGAAGCUACAGAAUCAGGGGUCACCAAAACUGGAAAAUCUGUGUUGGUUAUCGAACUCAAAACUGAUGCUACAGAAGUGGGUCCACAAUUUAAGGACUUAUAUUAUCAGUCUGAAUAUAAACAAGGCCAAACUCGUUAUAUAGAUUUUAAAACACCUGUGGCAUUUGAAAGAGACAUUGAUCCAAAGAAUAUAAAAAUAUCAAUGGAUUCUUAUAUGGACAAUUUCGAGGUAACUUAUGAUACAGCUCAACAAAUGUGGCGUAUAAAAAUAAAAUCCCCUCUGGACUCUAAAGAUUUUGAAUCCUUAUCAGAAAUCGUACUGACCAUGGAAGCUACAGAGUCUGGAAUUACUAAAACAGGAAAAUCUGUGUUGGUUAUCGAACUCAAAACAGACGCAACAGAAGUGGGACCACAAUUUAAGGACUUAUACUAUCAAUCUGAAUAUAAACAAGGCCAAACUGAUUAUCUAGAUUUUAAAACAGAUGUUACUUUUGAAGCAGACAAUGAUCCAAAGAAUAUAGAAAUUACAAUAGAUUCUUAUAAGGACAAUUUUGCGAUAACUUACGAUACGACUGAAAAGAAAUGGCGCAUACAAAUAACAGACCCUCUGGAUUCUAAAAUUUUUGACUCUUUAUCAGAAAUCGUACUGACCAUGGAAGCUACAGAAACAGGCGUUACUAAAACAGGAAAAUCUGUGUUAGUUAUCGAACUUAAAACAGAUACAACAGAAGUGGGGCCACAAUUUAAGGAAUUGUACUAUCAAUCGGAGUAUAAACAAGGUCAAACUGAUUAUAUAGAUUUUAAAACAGCUCUUGCUUUUGAACAAGACAUUGAUCCAAAGAAUGUAAAAAUAUCAGUGGAUGAUGCUUAUAAGGACAAUUUUGCGAUAACUUACGAUACGACUGAAAAGAAAUGGCGCAUACAAAUAACAGACCCUCUGGAUUCUAAAAUUUUUGACUCUUUAUCAGAAAUCGUACUGACCAUGGAAGCUACAGAAACAGGCGUUACUAAAACAGGAAAAUCUGUGUUGGUUAUCGAACUUAAAACAGAUACAACAGAAGUGGGACCACAAUUUAAGGAAUUGUACUAUCGAUCGGAGUAUAAACAAGGUCAAAGUGACUAUAUAGAUUUUAAAACAGCUCUUGCUUUUGAACAAGACAUUGAUCCAAAGAAUGUAAAAAUAUCAGUGGAUGAUGCUUAUAAGGACAAUUUUGCGAUAACUUACGAUACGACUGAAAAGAAAUGGCGCAUACAAAUAACAGACCCUCUGGAUUCUAAAAUUUUUGACUCUUUAUCAGAAAUCGUACUGACCAUGGAAGCUACAGAAACAGGCGUUACUAAAACAGGAAAAUCUGUGUUAGUUAUCGAACUUAAAACAGAUACAACAGAAGUGGGGCCACAAUUUAAGGAAUUGUACUAUCAAUCGCAGUAUAAACAAGGUCAAACUGAUUAUAUAUAUUUUAAAACAGCUCUUGCUUUUGAACAAGACAUUGAUCCAAAGAAUGUAAAAAUAUCAGUGGAUGAUGCUUAUAAGGACAAUUUUGCGAUAACUUACGAUACAACUGAAAAGAAAUGGCGCAUACAAAUAACAGACCCUCUGGAUUCUAAAGUUUUUGACUCUUUAUCAGAACUCGUACUGACCAUGGAAGCUACAGAAACAGGCAUUACUAAAACAGGAAAAUCUGUGUUGGUUAUCGAACUUAAAACAGAUACAACAGAAGUGGGACCACAAUUUAAGGAAUUGUACUAUCGAUCGGAGUAUAAACAAGGUCAAAGUGACUAUAUAGAUUUUAAAACAGCUCUUACUUUUGAACAAGACAUUGAUCCAAAGAAUGUAAAAAUAUCAGUGGAUGAUGCUUAUAAGGACAAUUUUGCGAUAACUUACGAUACAACUGAAAAUAAAUGGCGCAUACAAAUAACAGACCCUCUGGAUUCUAAAGUUUUUGACUCUUUAUCAGAAAUCGUACUGACCAUGGAAGCUACAGAAACAGGCAUUACUAAAACAGGAAAAUCUGUGUUGGUUAUCGAACUUAAAACAGAUACAACAGAAGUGGGACCACAAUUUAAGGAAUUGUACUAUCGAUCGGAGUAUAAACAAGGUCAAAGUGACUAUAUAGAUUUUAAAACAGCUCUUACUUUUGAACAAGACAUUGAUCCAAAGAAUGUAAAAAUAUCGGUGGAUGAUGCUUAUAAGGACAAUUUUGCGAUAACUUACGAUACAACUGAAAAGAAAUGGCGCAUAAAAAUAAUAGACCCCCUGGAUUCUAAAGUUUUUGACUCUUUAUCAGAAAUCGUACUGACCAUGGAAGCUACAGAAACAGGCGUUACUAAAACAGGAAAAUCUGUGUUGGUUAUCGAACUCAAAACAGAUACAACAGAAGUGGGACCACAAUUUAAGGAAUUGUACUAUCGAUCGGAGUAUAAACAAGGUCAAAGUGACUAUAUAGAUUUUAAAACAGCUCUUGAUUUUGAACAAGACAUUGAUCCAAAGAAUAUAAAAAUAUCAGUGGAUGAUGCUUAUAAGGACAAUUUUGCGAUAACUUACGAUACAACUGAAAAGAAAUGGCGCAUACAAAUAACAGACCCUCUGGAUUCUAAAAUUUUUGACUCUUUAUCAGAAAUCGUACUGACCAUGGAAGCUACAGAAACAGGCAUUACUAAAACAGGAAAAUCUGUGUUGGUUAUCGAACUUAAAACAGAUACAACAGAAGUGGGACCACAAUUUAAGGAAUUGUACUAUCAAUCGGAGUAUAAACAAGGUCAAACUGAUUAUAUAGAUUUUAAAACAGCUCUUGCUUUUGAACAAGACAUUGAUCCAAAGAAUGUGAAAAUAUCAGUGGAUGAUGUUUAUAAGGACAAUUUUGCGGUAACUUACGAUACAACUGAAAAGAAAUGGCGUAUACAAAUAACAGACCCUCUAGAUUCUAAAGUUUUUGACUCUCUAUCAGAAAUCAUACUGACCAUGGAAGCUACAGAAACAGGCGUGACUAAAACAGGAAGGUCUGUGUUAGUUAUCGAACUCAAAACAGAUACAACAGAAGUGGGACCACAAUUUAAGGACUUAUAUUAUGAAGCUGAAUAUAAAAAAGACCAAACAGAUUAUAUAGAUUUUAAAACAGAUGUUGCUUUCACCGAAACUAUUGAUCCCAAAAAUUUAAAGAUAGCAAUUAAUGAUUAUACUGCUAACUUUGAUGUUGAAUACGAUUCUGACAAAUGGCGGAUUAAAAUCACCAAACCACUGGAUGACUCCGUUUUCGACACCACAACAGAGUUGAUCUUAGUGAUGGAGGCUAGUGAAACUGGAAUAACUUCAAAGGGUUCGUCGGUACUUGUAAUUAAAUUGACAGGUUCUUCUGUUAAUGAUAAAGUUCCAAAAUUCAAAGAUGUUUAUUAUUCCGCCGAAUAUCCUAAGGAGGGCUCAGGAACAAUUCCAUUUGAUCAAGAAAUUAACUUCGAAAAUAUAGCUGAUAUAAGCAAGGUUCACAUAGUAGUUUCUGAUUAUACCGAUUACUUCAGCGUUGCUUACGAUACAACAAAGACAGCCUGGUCUAUAACCAUCGUUAAACCACUAGACCUAAACGCUGUAACUGGACCCGUCAUAACGACAUUAUCUGCUACAAUAGACGGAGAUGACGAGCAUAAACCAGUGGCUGCAUUUACUUUAAAACUUCCGGAACUUACUGCUCCUAUCUUCUCCAAACCGUAUUAUCAAGCAGAGUACAAAGUUUCUGGCACUACAGCAACUGUAAAUUUGAUAGAUCAAAUUGGAUUUGGUGCUGACGUUGAUGAUACUAACAUUGACAUAACGUCUAAUGAUUAUUCAGAAUAUUUUACAUUUACCUACGAGGAGAAACAAUGGAAAGUCGUUACAAACGGCAUACUGGACCUUAAAGAGCUGGAUCGCUCCGAUCUAGUAGUUUCCAUUACAGCUACUGACAAAACCACCAAACUGACCAGCUUUUCUGUCAUCGAUCUCAAAUUACCUAAUGUGAACACUGAAGAUGCUCCAAAGUUUUCCAAAACAUAUUAUACCGCUAGCUACACUGUAUCUGGAGACAACAAGGCUACUGUAACUCUUGACGAGCAGUUCGCAUUCAGUAACAGAGAUGACCCAAAGAGUGUUACUUUAACCACUGAUAACUACCAGAAAAACUUUAUUAUAAAAUUUACUGAUGGAAAAUGGACUAUAACCGUUGAUCAAAAUCUAGAUGCAGACACACUAAACUCCAAUGAUAUAGUUAUGUCUGUCAUAGCUACAGAUUCCACCACCAAGGAUGUAGGCGAAUGUACUCUGCUGAUGACGCUGCCGAAAAUUAAUAGCAAAGAUGCACCUAGAUUCGAUAAGCCUUAUUAUCAGUCUGAAUGCGAUGAUGCUACCACAAGUUUGGAUGCAGAAAUAGCGAUUACCAAUAAAGAUGAUUUAUCGGAUAUUAAUGUCAGUAUCCUUGAACAAGAUUAUAAAGAUAACUUCAACAUCACUUUUGACGAUGCAGCCAAAGUUUGGAAGAUAGCGGUGCUGUCAGUACCAAAGAUUAAAACAUCUACAAACGAUUUACUCUUAACUUUGAUAGCUACAGAAAAGGGGAACGAAGAACUUGGACAAGCAGCUCUAGUCUUGAAUUUCCUCGCAGUGACAGCUCCUAAAUUCUCGUCUAUACAAUAUCGCGGUAGCUACAAAGCUGCAGAAGUAAGUUCUUUCGAAAUAGGUGACAUUAAAAUUACCAACAAAGACAAGCAAGAUGACAUCCAACUCAAAUUGUCUUUAGAUAGUGAUUCAGAUAUUUCAAAAUACUUCAAGUUCACUCUCACGGACAACGUAUGGAAAGUAACUUUAAAAGAUCCUCUCCCCGAUGAUGAUAUCAAAGGAAAAACUGAGCUGGUUUUGACUUUGUCAGCAACUGAAAAGAAUAACGACGAAAUAGGCUACGCCACUGUCAUAAUUGCCUUGGAAGAUAAUGUGGUUACGUCUGACCUAACCUUCUCUGAUGUCUACUACAGUGCUGAUUAUAUCAAGUCUAGUCCUCUACCAGAUAUUGAGUUAGAUAAAGACAUUAGUUUGAAAUCGAGUGAGGACCUGAAAGAUGCUGUUGUUGAAUUUGUAGCUACUGAUGAAUUUAAUGCCAACAACUAUUUUGGCGUUAAUCCUACAGGAACUGCAGGCGUUUAUACCAUUUCUAGUAAAAAGGAACUGCCCGACAAGAUCUUAGAAGCACACAGUUUGAGUGUAGUUCUGCAAGCAUCACUGGAUCAACUCCCCAAGGCCUUCGCUACUUUGGUAAUUGAUCUUCCAGUAGAUGGAGAGAGUAAUUCGAUAGAUUUCAAGAAAGCUUUAUAUGAAGCAAACUAUACUAUUAGCAGUGAUGAUGAACGUUCAUUUGGAACCGAAGGAAUCACUAUUGAUACCAAAGAAGCUGCUGGUAAUCUCAAAGUUCUAAUUUCGCCUGAUUCUUUAUAUGGAGCGUACUUUGACGUUAAACAGGACAAUUAUGAAGUUAUUGUUACCGUAAAAGCUAAAAUUCCUUCUGAUGUUUAUGAAAAGGUGUCUGUAAUUCCCCUAGCUCUUGAAGCUACAUCAUCAGGAACACAGAAAGUUGGAAAAACCGUCGUCAAUGUCAACAUAGAAUAUAAUAAAGGUUCCGUAAAAUUCAGUUCUUCUCUUUAUAAUGGAAACUACACUGUUAAAGAGGGAGAAGCUACCAUAUAUGUUGAUGAGAUUGCAUUGGCGACAGAUCAAGAUGCAGAUCAUAUAUCGGUUGAUGUAGACAACGACUACCACAAAUAUUUUAAAGCUUCAUACGACAAAUCUAAAGUAACAAUAACUAAAACUGCCGAUAUACCAAUAGCUGAUCUUAAGAAAAUUUCAACAAUAUCUAUACAAUUAAAAGCAACGGUCAAGAAUUCCAAAGUCGAGGACAACACUGUAAUAAACUUAUUGAUUAUCACAGAUGAUACUCCGACACCAGAGCAAGGAAAAAUAAGUUUUGACAACACUAUAAAUACUGGCGAAUAUUCCGUAGUAAAUGGAAAAGGCGAAUUUAAAGAAGAUAAGGAGAUCAAACUUACUACAGAUAGGCAAAACGAUGAAAUAGAAGUGAAAUUCAGCGAUGAUUCCGAGUUUAAAGAUAAGUUUAGCAUUUCCUACAAAGAUCAAGUAGUAACAGUGGAAAAGAAAGAGGAUCUGUCAGAUGAUGAUUUCCAAUCUAAUGCCUAUAUUUCGUUAGAAAUGAUCGCUACUAUUACAAAGUCGCAACAAAGCUCCUCAGCUGUGCUAAACAUCCGUAUGAACAAUGAUGGAGGUAAUGAUAAUAAACACAUAUCCUUUGAGUAUCCUGCUUACAAAGGUCUCUACAAUGUAUCGAACAAUAUGGCUGAUUUAGAUUAUGAAAAAAUAACUGUAACCACGGACCAAACAGAUGAAAAUGUGGAAGUGAAAAUAGCGGGACCAUACAAUGAAUAUUUCGAUGUACUUUAUACCAAUAAAGUGGUCCGUAUCAGUCUGAAGGAUACAGCUGCCAGUACGACUCUUAGAAGUUUAACGAAUAUUCCAGUAGUACUGUAUGCACAAGUCAAGACUACAACCCGUUCAGCAACAACAGUGGUAAAUUUACAAGUUAGAGAUUACGACAACGACAAUAAUCCUACAGAAUCUAUUCAGUUCCCGAAAUUGAUCAAUGACGCUCAGUAUAUCGUGUCCAAAGGAGAAUUCAGCAGUGACGAUAUGGUUGUUGUCACCAAUGUUUUAGACGAAUAUAUAGAAUGCGAUUUAUCAAAUGAUUACCAUUAUGAAAAAUACUUCCAAUGUAAUUAUAAACACACACGAGUACAAGUAACUCUUUAUAGGACACUACCUAAAGACGAAAUCAAAAAAUUGAACAACAUUGCAUUGAAAGUCACUAUAUCUGACAAGAAUAGACAAGGUGUUUAUGGAGAUGCUAUACUCAACAUUGAGCUUAAACAUCAGAGUGAGACGACAGAUAAAGAAAUGAAUACGACUGGUUAUAUUGUGGCUAUUUCAAUUCUGUCAGUUUUGAUGUUUAUCCUGCUAGCAGGAACAGCAGGAUUUUACUUUUAUAAAUUCAGGAAAUCGAGAUACGACAAAAUGACCGAAGACGAAUAUAUGAACACCAAAGUUCGAUUUGACAAAAGUGCGUUAAAAAGGCCAUCAAACAGAGAUUCAACAAUUCGAUCAGGUUCAAUCGAAGAAAGACGACCCACUGGUUUUAUCUUUAACAGCACCCUUGCAGAAUUGGGAGAAGAAGAACCGAGGGAUUCUAGCACAGAUCCGGAUAUGAAAGAAAGAAAAAAAUCGGUAGCUUUCGAUGAAAACGUAGAGAAGCUCCAGAUAGACAGUGUCAACGACGAUGACAUCGAUAAAGCUUUAGAAGAAGACAAAAGCGAGGAAGCAUCAGCUAAAGUUGAAUAAAAGCAUCUCUUGCUGCUGUGUAAAUGCAGAUUGUAGCAAAAUUGUAUUAUAGAUCUUCGGACGGAUGUUCUUGUUUUGUAUUACCUAAUAGUAGAUACGAGAAUUGUGAUAGGAAUAAUCUAUUUUAAAAAUAAAGUUAUUUUUUAAUU